CAACAUCUUAUAUGCUAAUAUUUAUUUUUAUUUAUUAGUAAGAAAAUAUAGUCAAAACAAUAUGUGUGAAUAAUGCAAUAUAGUCAACUGUGUCACUCAAUUUGGAACGUAGCGACUAAUAAAUUGGAACUCAAGGUGCUUGACAAAUAUGAACGAGUACAUACUAGGUCCAUUUAAAAAAAAAAAAAGAACAAAAUAAUAAUAAUAAAUAAAUAAAAGAAAGAAAGAAAAGAAAUAGAAAAUGGUAUAGAAAAGUCAGUUCUCCAUCUCUUCUUUCCUUGUGUAAUUAAGUGGGAAUCUAAGUUUGCACAAAAAACAAAAAAAUUUGUUUCCAAUUUUCUUCUCCUCCACCUCCAUGGUUGAUUUUUCACAAAUUCCAGUAUUGAACAAGAUGCUUGCUUAGGGGUCUUUUUACCUUGUUUGCAAGUUCAAUGAAGAGGAUUAAGCAUAGUACUACAUGUUUGGGCUGUUAAAAAGAGAAGCAGCAAGUUAGAACUCAAAGGUCUUAGAGAUUUCUCCAUUUCUUCACCAUUUUCAAUCACCCACCAAGCGUCACUUUUCAGAUUAAUAAGAUACCAAUGGAGGGUAGAGAUGAACUCUUGUCACACUUAAAACAUGUGCGGGUGUUGUUAGACGGGCUUGUUUCUAGCCGAGUGGCUGACAGCUUCCAAACCACAAGGCUUGACGUUUCACUCUUGAAAAAGCUGAAGACAAUAUUGCUGAAACAUCGAGUUAUACUUGAGCAACAGAUCUACUACGGACUUGAUGCAGGAUAUUGGGCGAAUUUGCUGGAUAAUGUCUUUAAUGAAGUUAGCUCUUUGUUUAACAAAAUCAUCAAUGAAGCAGUUGAGUAUGAAAACCUAACUCCUACUUCUCUUGUUUUCAAAAGUCGCUCUUCUCUUUUCAAACGGUUGAUUCAUUAUAAAUUGCAAACAUCAAUUGAAAGAUUAGAGGUCGCGAGCUCUACUACAACUUAUGAUCUAGUUGAUGACUCUUCUAUACAACUCCCCUCACUCUCAACUUCUAUUAAGAUGUUGUUAGAUAGGCUUCAUUCUACUGAGCUCGUCCACAAGCUUGAUGUUUCACUCUUGGAAAUCCUGGAGAUAAAAUUGCAGUAUCUUGAAACUAAGUAUCAUGCUGCUGAGGAGAAACAGAUCACUGAUCUUAAUGGAGGACAUUGGUUGGAUAUGUUGAGAAAUGUUGUCUUUGAAUUUGGCUAUUUCUUUGACGAAAUCAACACUCAAGCAUUGCAAACCAGAGAGGAAGCAGAGUAUCAAACCCAAACCGCUACUUCUCAGGUGUUGAAAAAUCUUUCUUCUCCUUUCAAACGGUUUAAUGGAGUCACUAAUUCUAAAUUUCAAAAAUUAAUUGAAAGAUUAGAGUUCAUGAGUUCACGAGCACACGAUCGAUUUGGUGAUUUCUAUUCCAGUACUGAUUGGAAUGAAAAUCCUACAUUUUCUGUUUUCGAUGAUGAAUCUUCUAUUUAUGGAAGAGAUAGUGACAGAAUUUGCUGGAUAUUUUUGGUGAUUUCUAUUCCAGUACUGAUUGGAAUUGAACAGAUCUACUACGGACGUGAUGCUGGAUAUUGGCCGAAUUUGCUGGAAUAUAAUGUCUUUAAUGAAGUUCGCUAUUUGCUUAACAAAAUCGUCAAUGAAGCAGUUGAGUAUGAAACCCUAACUCCUACUUCUCAUGUUUUCAAAAGUCGUUCUUCUCUUUUCAAACGGUUGAUUCAUUAUAAAUUGCAAACAUCAAUUGAAAGAUUAGAGUUCUUGAGCUCUACUACAAGUUCUGAUGACUCUUCUAUACAACUCCCCUCACUCUCAAUUUCUGUUAAGCUGUUGUUAGACAGGCUUGAUUCUACCGAGCUCUUCCACAACUUCCGGAGAACCAAGCUUGAUGUUUCCCUCUUGGAAAACCUCAAAAUAACACUGCAAGAUCUUGAAACUACGUAUCAUGAUGCUGAGGAGAAACAGAUCACUAAUCUUAUUGGAGGACAUUGGUUGCAUAUGUUGAGAAAUGUUGUCUUUGAAUUUGGCUAUUUCUUUGACGAAAUCAACACUCAAGCAUUGCAAAGCAGAGAGGAAGCAGAGUAUCAAACCCAAACUGCUACUUCUCAGGUGUUGAAAAAUCUUUCUUCUCCUUUCAAACGGUUUAAUGGAGUGACUAAUUCUAAAUUUCAAAAAUUAAUUGAAAGAUUAGAGUUCGUGAGUUCCCGAGCACACGAUCAAUUUGGUUGUUUCUAUUCCAUAAGUGAUUGGAAUGAAACUCCUACAUUUUCUGUUUUCGAUGAUGAAUCUUCUAUUUAUGGAAGAGACGGUGACAUAGAGAAACUUAAACAUCUUUUGUUGUCUACUGAUGGUGAUAGUAAAAUAGGAAUUAUUUCCAUUGUGGGUAUUGAAGGGAUUGGUAAAACAACCCUUGCUAAACUUCUUUACCAUGAUCCCGAAGUAUCUGACAAAUUUGAGUUAAAAGUGUGGGCACAUGUCUCAGAAUAUUUUGCUGAAACAAUUCUUGAUGACUUGAAUACAUACAGAAAUGACACAAGUGAUGUGAAUAACAUUUAUCCAAAGUUUUUGCUAGUAUUGGAUGAGGUAAGGGAUGCAAGAUCUAUCAAUUGGACAUUACUGAUUAAUAUCUUUGGUGUUGGCGAAACAGGAAGUAGGAUCAUCAUCACAACACAGGAUGAAAGAGUUGCACCAUCCAUGCAAACCUUUGAGCCAACCAUGCAAACCUUUCUUUUUGUCCACUACUUGAGACCUCUGGAGAGUGAACAUUGCUGGUCUUUACUUGCAAGACAUGCAUUUGCAGCAUGUAAUGACCAACCACAAUUCAAUCUAGAAGAUAUUGGCAGAGAAAUUGCAAAUAAAUGUUUUGGAUCACCAUUUGCUGCAAUAGCACUUGGGGAUAUUCUCCGCACCAAAUUUUCGUUAGAGUACUGGAAGUUUGUGCUAGAAAGCGACCUUUGGGUAUUGACGGGUCAUGACGUGUAUCCUUUUAUACAAUUGAGCUACCACUAUCUUUCGACUCCUUUAAAACAAUGCUUUGCAUAUUGUUCAAUUUUUCCAAAGAAGUCCAUCUUAGCAAAAAAUAUGGUAGUUCAGUUGUGGAUCGCUGAAGGCUUGGUAGAAUCGUCCAUUGACCAGGAAAAAGUUGGAGAAGAAUACUUUGAUGUAUUAGUAUCAAGGUCGUUGAUAAAUCAACGAUCUAUUGGUGGUGAUGAAGCACAUUUUCAAAUGCACGACCUCAUCCAUGAUUUAGCUACAGAGGUUUCAUCUCCAUAUUGUAUCAAUAUGGAUGAACAUAACCUACAUGAUAAGGUACAAAACUUAUCAUACAACAGAGGGAUAUGUGACUCAUAUAAUAAAUUUGAUAAGUUGUAUGGAUUAAAAGGUCUACAUACCUUUAUAGCAUUACCAUCACAAGAAAAAUUGCCUCUUUGUUUGCUAUCAAACAAGGUAGUACAUGAUUUGUUGCCAACAAUGAAACAAUUAUGCGUGUUGUCUUUGUCAAGUUAUAAGAGUAUCACUGAGAUUCCAAAUUCUAUUGGAAAUUUGUUAUACCUGCGGUACUUAAAUCUUUCUCGCACUAAGAUCGAAAGGCUGCCUUCUGAAACAUGCAAGCUUUACAAUCUGCAGUUCUUGUUGUUGGCAGGCUGUAGAAGGCUCAUUGAAUUGCCUGAGGACAUAGGGAAAUUGGUUAAUCUCAUUCACCUUGAUGUCAGUGACACUGCAUUGAGGGAGAUGCCCGUACAAAUAGCCAAACUAGAAAAUCUCCAAACUUUGUCUGACUUUGUUGUCGGCAAAUAUAAUUAUGGAUUAAAGCUCUCGGAGCUGGGAAAAUUUUCCCACCUACAUGGAAAACUUUCCAUCUCACAGAUACAAAAUGUCAAUGAACCCUUUGAAGCAGAUCAAGCAAAUAUGAAGAUGAAAGAACGAAUAGAUGAGUUAUCUUUGGAAUGGGAUUAUGGUAGUACUGUUCCAGAUUCACAAGUUCAAAGUGUUCAACUUGUAAUUGAACAUUUGCAACCCUCAACAAAUUUGAAAAGUCUAACCAUCAAAGGCUAUCGUGGAAUCCGCUUUCCAAAUUGGUUGGGUGAUUCUUUAUUUGGAAGCAUGGUGUAUUUAAAGAUCUCGAACUGUGAUGAUUGUUUAUGGCUUCCACCCUUUGGACAAUUGCAUAAUCUAAAAGAACUCAUUAUUGAAGGGAUGCCAUUGGUAGAGUCAAUUGGUAUUGAGUUCUAUGGAAAUGAUUGUUCUUCAUUUCAACCAUUUCCCUCUUUGGAGACUCUACACUUUGAGGAUAUGCAAGAGUGGGAGGAAUGGAACUUGAUUGGAGGUACGGCUACACUGUUUCCUAUUCUAAAAACUUUGUCACUAAGUAAGUGCCCAAAACUGAUAGUAGGAAACAUAGCUGACAAAUUUUCGUCCUUAACUGAACUUAAGUUAAGAGAAUGCCCUCUACUGUUGCAAUCAAUGCCAUUAUCAGAUCAUGUAUUCAGGCAACUGAUGUUUCCUCUGAAUUCCCUUCAACAGUUAACCAUAGAUGGGUUUCCAUCUCCGAUGUUUUUCCCAACAGACGGUCUACCAAAAACUCUGAAAUUUCUCAUAAUCAGAAACUGUGAGAAUCUAGAGUUCCUUCCAAAUGAAUACUUGCACAAUUACACAUCACUUGAGGAAUUGAAAAUAUCUUAUAGCUGCAAUUCAAUGAUAUCAUUCACCUUGGGUGCUCUCCCUGUCCUCAGAAGUCUGUUUAUUGAGGGUUGUAAAAAUUUGAAAUCAAUAUUAAUUGCAGAAGAAACGUCGGAAAAAAGUCUCUCAUUUCUUAGAAGCAUUAAAUUAUGGGAUUGUAAUGAACUGGAUUCAUUUCCUCCAGGUGGAUUGGCAACUCCAGACCUUGCUUAUUUUGCCUUGUGGAAGUGUGAAAAGCUUCAUUCACUGCCAGAAGCAAUGAACAGUCUAACUGGCCUUCAAGAAAUGGAAAUUGAUAAUCUACCAAAUCUUCAAUCUUUUGUCAUUGAUGAUUUUCCUAGUAGUUUACAGGAACUGACUGUUGGCUAUGUUGGAGGGAUUAUGUGGAAUACUGAGCCAACUUGGGAACAUCUCAAUUGUCUUUCAGUGUUUCGAAUUAACGGUAAUGAUACAGUGAACUCGCUGAUGGUGCCAUUGCUACCUGCAUCUCUUGUGACACUAUGCAUCCGUGGUUUUAAUGAUAAAAGCAUUGAUAGGAAGUGGUUUCAACAUCUCACUUCUCUCCAAAACCUUGAGAUUGUUAACGCUCCCAAACUUAAGUCGUUGCCAAAAAAAGGAUUGCCUUCCUCUCUUUCAGUACUAAUUAUAACUCGCUGUUCAUUACUGGAAGCAAGUUUGCGGAGGAAACGAGGGAAAGAGUGGCGUAAGAUUGCUCAAAUUCCUGCCAUAAUUAUCAAUGACAAAUUGAUUACAUAAGUUUCAUGUCUAGUAUUAAUUAAAUUCUGGAUCACCCCUGCGUCUGCCUUAUCUUGCUGUUGUGAGAAGCCAAAUUCACAUGCACGAACUGUGAACAUAUCCAGUAAAUGUUUUACUGAUCAGGAACAGAUGAAAAGGUGAAUCAACCGACCGCAAAUCUUGGUAUCUUGCAGGAUUUAGAAAAUGAGGCACAAAUCUUCUGUUUUGUGAAAAUGAGUGUUUUUGACAUCAACUGUGUUGGCAAGUAGCUUGUUAAAGAUGCUGCUCAAAUUGCUAAAUGCUGUGGACUAUCAAAAUUAAUUUAGCUAGUUUUUCUUUUGUCCCUCUUUGGCACAUGAAUUCCAAAUAAAUUUGUGGCCACCUUGUUUCCUUAUGCAUCUAUGAUGUUGAAGAUAUAGAAUGCUUGGAUGGAAAGUGGCUUCAACAUCUCACCUUUUUCCAAAAACUUGAGUUUACAUUAUGUGACAUGCUCAAGUCGUUGCCAAAAGAUGGAUUGCCUUCCUCUCUUAAAGUACUGUGUAUCAUAAGAUUGCUCGCCCAUAAUCCAUGACGAAUUGAUCACUAUUUUCCUGUCUCAGGCACUGUUUGCAGAUCAACCAGGGGACUCAAGGGUGAUUGUGUGACUGGAGCCAAUUGCUGGAGCAACUACUACGAUGUCAGAGUUGAUGUCAGAGCAACUAGUUUUCCGCCGAGUGCUGGAUGCAGUAGAGGAUCCAUAGUCAUAAAAAUCAAAGAGGAGCAGUGCUGUUUUUUCUUAUAAGCUGUAUUAUGUUGUGAUUUCUAAAGCAAUUCUUAUUCGUUCAAACUAAGCUACUUCCGGUAACUUUUGUGCCAGAAGCACUUUUUCCGGCGUAUGUGAAGAUGUGUUUUGGAAUAUUGUUUCUAAUACAUUGAAUCAGGUGUUGAAAAAAAAACUUGUUUUAAACUUA